CGUUGGUGCAAUGAAUGGAAAAAGCCCGAUUGUCGAAAAUCUUCGACAAAACUCUCAGAAUGUUUCACGAAGAUAUCAUCGAUUUGUCAAAUUCUCACUUGCUUCAAACUUGGCGAGGAUGGUCAGAGUUGACAUCCUCUUGUUUCUGGAUGAACCUUUUUGUGCUCAUUCAUCUCACCUUCAUUGGUAGCUUUUUAGUUCAACUUCUGCACAAGAGGAUCAGUGCAUGGAGGCAUAGAUUCAAGAAAGUAACGCAUAAUCGUUCUGCCGAGGAGCAUACACCCGAAGAAAUAAGCUUUGAUACGUCAUACCGCGCAAGUAAAAUAUGCUGCUUGCUAAUAUUGGCCUGUCACUCAAUGAGGCUAAUGUUUUUGCUGCUACACCGAAAUGGAAACCGUUGCAAAUACUCUUUCUCAGUUCUAGCCGAAAUAAUCCAGUCAAUUUCAUGGGUAUUCCUAUUGAUAGCAAUACUCAGUUUUCAGCGAACAAAAACUACAAAAGUUCCUCUGCUUGUUAGAGCUUGGUGGAUCUGCAGCUUCUUUCAAUCAGUUUUCUCUAUCGCUACUGAUUUAUACUCUGCUUUGAUGGACAAUUCACUCUUUGGAGUUGGAGAAUACACUGAUAUAUUAUCGCUCCUUUCUUGCACAUAUUUAUUUAUUAUAUCAGUCAGAGGAAAAACAGGGAUAAGCUUCAAAAAUCGCAGCAUAACAGAACCACUGCUGAAUGGAUCAGCAGAAGAGCACACAGAAAACAAAAGGCAAUCUCCUUACGGAAAAGCAACUCUUCUUCAACUCGUCACUUUCUCUUGGAUCAACCCCAUUUUCUCUAUUGGAUAUAAGAAGCCUUUAGACCAAGAUGAAGUACCAGACAUUGACAUAAAAGACUCGGCGGCAUUCCUCUCCGAUUCCUUUAGCAACAUCUUAAACAAUGUAAGACAAAAGAACGGGUUACAAACUUCAUCAAUCUACAAAGCUAUCUUCCUUUUUAUCAGGAAGAAAGCAGCAAUCAAUGCAUGCUUUGCAGUAGUAACAGCAUGUGCCUCUUACGUCGGACCUUCCCUAAUCGAUGACCUUGUUAAGUUCCUAGGGGGUGAGAGACAGCACGGGGUCAAAAGAGGGUACAUGCUUGCGGUCCUAUUUUUAAGUGCCAAAAUAGUGGAGACUAUCACUCAAAGACAAUGGAUUUUUGGAGCUCGACAGCUUGGUAUGCGCCUAAGAGCUGCUUUAAUAUCCCACAUAUACCAAAAAGGUCUUCGACUAUCAAGCCAAUCUAGACAAAAUCACACCAGCGGAGAAGUUAUUAACUAUAUGAGUGUAGAUAUUCAAAGAAUCACAGAUGUUAUAUGGUAUGCAAACAUCAUAUGGAUGCUGCCGAUACAAGUCUCACUCGCAAUAUCUGUUCUUCACAAAGAUCUUGGUUUGGGGGCUUUUGCAGGAUUAGCUGCAACUCUUUUAAUAAUGACUUGUAAUAUUCCUCUAACCAGAGUACAAAAGCAAUUCCAAUCCAAGAUUAUGGAGGCUAAAGAUAAUAGAAUGAAAUCAAUGUCGGAAGUUCUUCGAAACAUGAAGAUAUUGAAACUUCAGGCUUGGGAUAUGCAGUAUCUCCACAGAUUAGAGGGCCUGAGGAAUAUAGAGUAUAAUUGGUUGUGGAAAUCUCAAAAAUUGCUAGCAUUUACUUCGUUUAUAUUCUGGGGUUCACCCGCAUUCAUAUCGGCUGUAACUUUUGGUUCAUGUAUACUGAUGGGUAUUCCUUUGACAGCCGGUAAAGUUCUUUCUGCCUUAGCCACAUUCAGAAUGCUUCAAGAUCCAAUCUUUAGUCUCCCAGACUUGCUUUCGGUUCUCGCCCAGGGGAAAGUUUCAGCUGAUAGAGUGGCUUUAUACCUCCAAGAAGAUGAAGUAAAACACGACUCAGUUGUUGCGAUUCCAAGAAAUCAAACAGAGUUCGAUGUGGAAGUUGAUAACGGGCAAUUCAGUUGGGAUGCUGAUUCGACAUUCCCAACACUUGAUGGAAUAACAUUGAAGGUGAAAAGAGGAAUGAAAGUGGCUAUAUGUGGCACUGUCGGAUCAGGGAAGUCUAGUUUAUUAUCAUGCAUACUUGGGGAAAUACCGAAACAGGGAGGAACAGUGAAAGUUAGUGGUAGCAAAGCAUACGUCCCUCAGUCACCAUGGAUUUUAUCUGGGAAUGUAAGAGAGAACAUUCUUUUUGGAAGGCCAUACGAGAGUGACAAAUAUGAGAAGACUAUACAAUCAUGUGCAUUAUUGAAGGAUUUUGAGCUCUUUGCGAAUGGGGAUAUGACAGAGAUAGGCGAAAGAGGAAUCAACAUGAGUGGAGGGCAGAAGCAAAGGAUUCAAAUUGCAAGGGCGGUUUAUCAGGAUGCUGAUAUUUACCUUCUGGAUGACCCUUUCAGUGCAGUAGAUGCACAUACUGGGGGCCACUUGUUCAAGGAUUGCCUAAUGGGAAUCCUUAAGGAGAAAACUAUACUAUAUGUUACCCACCAAGUUGAGUUUCUCCCCGCUGCGGACAUUAUCCUGGUAAUGAAGAGUGGGAAAAUUGCACAAGCAGGAAGAUUUGAAGAUCUUCUUCGACAAAACACAGGCUUCGAGGUUUUAGUAGGAGCUCACAGCCAAGCUCUUGAAUCUAUUCUCAAUGCCGAAAAUUCAAGCAGAAUUAUGAGCGAAAGAACCGUAGAAAAUGCAUCCACUGAUGAGUGUGACGGAGAAAAUGAGACAGAUAAUCAACUCCAAGGUAUAAACAAACAAGAAUCUGAACAGGACCUUUGUCAAAACAUCAAUGAAAGAGGGAGGUUAAUGCAAGAUGAAGAAAGAGAAAAAGGAGGAAUCGGAAAGAAGGUUUAUUGGUUGUACCUAACUGCAGUUCGAGGCGGUGCAUUAGUCCCCAUAAUAAUCAUUGCGCAAUCUUUAUUCCAAAUACUCCAAGUGGCAAGCAACUACUGGAUGGCAUGGGCUUCUCCACCAACAACAGCAACCAUCCCCGUAGUGGGACUCAAUUUACUCUUCUUAGUAUACAUCCUUCUAUCAGUUGGAAGCUCUUUUUGUGUAUUUACUAGAGCAAUGCUUUUAGCAGUAGCCGGGCUUUUGACUUCGGAAAAGUUCUUCAGGAAUAUGCUCCACUGCAUCCUUCGUGCUCCCAUGUCCUUCUUUGAUUCCACACCAACAGGAAGAAUCUUGAAUAGGGCCUCCACUGAUCAAAGCAUCCUAGACUUGGACAUAGCAGGAAAAUUGGGCUGGUGUGCCUUUUCAAUUAUACAAAUUCUGGGGACCAUUGGGGUGAUGUCACAGGUUGCAUGGCCUGUUUUUGCCAUAUUCAUUCCAGUGACUGUGAUCUGUUUCUUUUAUCAACGAUACUAUAUACCAACAGCAAGAGAACUGGCGAGGUUAUCAGGAAUUCAAAGAGCUCCAAUCCUUCACCAUUUUGCAGAAUCCCUUUCUGGAGCUGCAACUAUUAGAGCAUUCGAACAGGAAGACCACUUCAGCAAAGUAAACCUUGGUCUCAUUGACAGCCACUCCAGGCCAUGGUUCCACAACAUUUCAGCAAUGGAAUGGCUUUCCUUCAGACUGAACUUGCUUUCCAAUUUUGUUUUCGCAUUCUCUCUGGUUUUGCUUGUGAGCCUUCCUGAAGGUUUUAUAAACCCAAGUAUUGCUGGACUGGCGGUGACGUACGGUUUGAAUCUUAAUUCACAACUAGCAACUAUCAUUUGGAAUAUAUGCAAUACAGAAAACAGAAUGAUCUCAGUUGAAAGGAUACUGCAGUACACAAGGAUCCCUAGUGAGGCUCCUUUACUUAUUGAAGAUUGCCGGCCCCCUAACAAUUGGCCAGAAGAUGGAACUAUAUGCAUUAAAAGCUUGGAGGUUAGAUAUGCAGAACACCUCCCAUCAGUGUUAAGGGGCAUAACAUGUGCAAUUCCGGGAAGGAAAAAGGUGGGUGUUGUGGGACGAACCGGCAGUGGGAAGUCAACAUUAAUUCAAGCUCUUUUCCGGAUUGUUGAACCAAGGGAAGGAACAAUAGAGAUCGACAAUGUCGACAUCUGCAAGAUAGGCCUUCAUGAUUUGAGAUCGAGGCUUAGCAUCAUUCCACAGGACCCGACCAUGUUUGCAGGCACAGUAAGAGGAAAUCUCGAUCCACUGAAUGAAUAUUCAGAUGAACGGAUAUGGGAGAUACUAGAUAAGUGUCAGCUUGGUGACCUGAUACGCCAAAGUGAAAAGAAGCUUGAUUCAACAGUUGUUGAAAAUGGAGAGAAUUGGAGCGUCGGGCAAAGGCAACUGUUUUGUUUAGGAAGAGUUCUGUUGAAGAGGAGCGGCAUUCUCGUUCUUGAUGAGGCAACUGCUUCAGUGGACUCUGCAACUGAUGGAAUCAUCCAAGAAAUAAUUCGUUGGGAAUUCAAAGACCGCACAGUGCUUACAAUAGCUCAUAGAAUUCACACGGUUAUUGACAGCGAUCUCAUUCUCGUUCUCAGUGAAGGACGGGUCCUAGAAUAUGACAGUCCCUCAAAAUUGCUGGAGAGAGAGGAUUCCGCAUUCUCUAAGCUAAUAAAGGAGUACUCAAUGAGAUCGCGGGGCUUUAGCAAUACAACACGCAGUGCGCGAGGCACAUGAAUUUCCUACUGGGUACGGUGUAUGUCGCGCAUGAAUUUUCGACUGGUUACGAUAUACGCGAUAUCAGGCUACACAGGAGCCCUAUUUCUCUCUCUCUCUCUCGGAUUAUGAGGCAGUCCCAGAGUCAUAUGACAUAAGGCUUCUGAUUUGAAAACCCUACCAUAUGAUGAAUAAGAAUAAGGAACAAAUUGUAGUCAGUACAAACAUUCACCCCUUAAUAGAAUUCUAAUAUUGAAGCUAUUACACAAGUCUUCUGUUUUAAGUAAUUACUA